AUGCGGCUCUUCGUCUGCGGGCCUUUCACGCAAGCAAGGGCAGAGCAGGAAGAGGAAUUCAUCAGUAAUACUCUAUUUAAGAAGAUUCAAGCUCUGCAGAAAGAAAAAGAAACACUUGCAGUAAACUAUGAAAAGGAAGAGGAAUUUCUCACUAAUGAGCUCUCAAGAAAACUGAUGCAGCUGCAGCAUGAGAAAGCUGAACUGGAGCAGCAUUUAGAGCAGGAACAGGAAUUCCAAGUAAACAAACUGAUGAAGAAGAUUAAAAAACUGGAAAAUGAUACAAUUUCAAAGCAGCUCACCCUGGAACAGCUAAGACGUGAGAAGAUUGACCUUGAAAAUACUUUGGAACAAGAGCAAGAAGCACUAGUGAAUCGUCUCUGGAAGAGGAUGGAUAAGCUUGAAGCAGAAAAACGAAUUUUGCAGGAGAAAUUAGACCAGCCAGUAUCUGCUCCACCAUCACCCAGAGACAUAUCAAUGGAGAUAGAUUCUCCAGAGAAUAUGAUGAGACAUAUCAGAUUUUUAAAGAAUGAAGUGGAGAGGUUAAAGAAACAACUGAGGGCUGCACAGUUACAGCAUUCAGAGAAGAUGGCACAAUAUUUAGAAGAGGAGCGACAUAUGAGAGAAGAAAACUUGAGACUUCAAAGAAAAUUACAGAGGGAAAUGGAACGUAGGGAAGCACUCUGCAGGCAACUGUCAGAAAGUGAAUCCAGCUUGGAAAUGGACGAUGAAAGAUAUUUUAAUGAGAUGUCUGCACAAGGAUUAAGACCUCGCACUGUGUCCAGUCCUAUCCCUUAUACACCCUCACCAAGUUCUAGCAGACCUAUAUCACCUGGUCUGUCAUAUGCAAGUCACACAGUUGGUUUCACACCACCAACUUCACUGACUAGAGCUGGAAUGUCUUACUACAAUUCCCCAGGCCUUCAUGUGCAACAUAUGGGACCAUCCCAUGGUAUUACAAGGCCUUCACCACGAAGAAGUAACAGCCCUGACAAAUUUAAACGUCCCACGCCUCCUCCUUCUCCAAACACGCAGACCGCAGUGCAGCCACCUCCGCCACCACCUCCGCCACCUGUGCAACCUACAGCAUCGCAGUCAGCCACUUUUCAGCAUUCAGUGCAUCCCUCCUCUCAGCCUUAGUGCAUGUGCUCAGCAGUCUGUAUGUCAGAAGUGGACUCAUAACAUGGAGCAGUUUACUAAAAGCCAAAGGCUUACUUGGCAUAUUUGGAUUUGACUUAUUUGCACUGAGGUUAUAUAGGCUUCACUGUUAAUUGUGUUGUAAACGUUUGUAUAAAAUGCAGCCAGUGUUGUGGGUCUACAACACUAACUUAACAAAGUUUUCCAUCAGUGUUUACUUGAACUACAUGUAUGUCCAUUCUCUGGCUGGAACAUUUGCUACUCUGUUUGGUAAUACGGCAUUACGUCGUUUUGCUGGCUCCAAAGCUUCAUUUUCCUGGCUUCUAGGUUUGUAAAAUUAAAGGGAUACCUUUUUAUAUUUUUUCAUGACAAUUUGCAGAAAAUUAAAGGCAUGAUGGGCUAUAUGAUAAAUUCUGAAAUAUUACAGUGUUUACCAAGCUUAUGGAAAAUCAGCACUACGUUUCAGUCAUUUGAAAUAACAACUUCUAGUGCAAAAGUAAGUCAGACACCCUAAUGAGUGCCCAAGACACAUACUCUGUUGUAUUAUGUAGUAAAUAAGCUUAAUUCAGCACACAGGACACAUUCAUGUUACUCCUGUUUAAAAGCACCUCAAACGUAUGGUACAGUCUGACUUUUACAGUGAGGGAACUGGCUUGCUGGAAUCUGUGGAAUGUACAAUUCGUGGACCUUAAGAUUUGGUGAUUUCGCUUGACAUUUACGCUAACCUGUAAGCUGCCCAUGCUGUGUGAUCUGUCACAAUUAACUUCGGUAAGUGUGGUCCUGCUCACAGGUUACUGAUAGCUGAUUAAAGUGUGCUCUUUGAUUCUUUUGCUGCAGAAGGCGAUGUGAUUGUAGAGAACAGCUGAUGAUAAUUUUUUCUUGUUAAAAUAUAUAUUAAUGGUGAUGCCCCUGAAGCAAAGUUUGAACAGGUAUUCUAAAUGUUCGAAAGUCUGUUAGAAAAUAAGAUGUAAGAAGAGCAUAUAGGAAUAUAUUGGCACAACAGCCAAAAUGUUGUAUUACUUGGUAGAAACAGAGUACAAGAAAGUAGCACAACAGGGCAGUAAUGAAUGCUUAUUUAGCAGCCUAAGCCGGUACAAUGUAUAAGGAGAUGUAUUCUGAAUACAUUCUUUCCAUUCAUUUAGCACAAAUAAAUUGGUUUCACUUUGCGGUGGAACAAAGUGUCACUUCUUGAUAUUGACAUCUUAAUCAGUUCCGUUUUUCCUGAGGUUCCUGUUGAGUACUGAGGUUUAUAUAUUAUUGAUGUUUUUAAGUGGUUUACCUCAUACAUAUGGAUAUGUGGGCCAUGGAAAAUGACAAGUGAAUGUUUAUGAGAAUAUGUAUCUGGCUAUAAUCAGAGCAGAACAUAAAUAAUUUAUCUUUUGUUUACAAAAGUUUUUUUGACAUGCCUAAUGCUUUAUUAAGGACAUUUUUAAGAAGGAAGUACAGCAUUCUUCUGGUAGUAUACUAACACUUGUGCAUAUGUUUUCAUGUUUGCCGCUCACCUAUUCAGUAAGAAUUUCAAACUGAAAAUCUUUAUGAAGUUAGUUCUCUAAAUCAAAAUAGUAAGUUAAAAUAAUGUUGUAAAAGGUUCCGCUUAAGGCAAACCUAGAAUUUCUUCACUGUAGCUAUGUAGUUUCAGCUCUGAGAGAAUUCAGAGAAAUGCAUAUGUAGUCUAUUACACUUCUUAAACCAAUAGGGGAUCAAGUGCGUUUUUAAAUUGCGUUAGUUAUGGUAGUGACUCUCCAAUCAAGUGAUUCUCAAGAUUGUGGCAGACCUAAAAUUUGACCAGUGCUUCCAUCUGAAAAUAAUUUACCAUACAUAGCAGAUGUUCACCUUUCCAUAGAGGAGACUCAGCUGUGAGCAUUGUAAUUAAACAGAGCUCCUGAAUCAGUGGUAGGAUUGCAUGUGAGAAAAUUACAGGCAGUCAAAGAUGGGACUGAGGUCAAGAAAGGAUUGGUUUAGUUUGAUGCUUGUCCUUUUGUAAACAUAAGACGAAGAAAAAAAUAUAUUCUUUUGCAAGCAGGAUUCCAGCUCAAGUGUACCACUAUUUGAAAUGACGUCCUUCUUUCUGAAGUGCUUUGAGAUUCUUGGACAUACAGCUCUGCAGAGUGCGAGCUCGUAGUGGUGGUAGUAUAAAUGCAGGAGGGAGGGGGGAAAGCCUAUGAUAAUGUUGUUUCGAGAUCUUAAAAUGGAAAAUUGCCUAGAAUAAUUUACAUUUGAAGCAUAUUCCAAAACUGAAUUUGUGUAACCCAAGUUCAGCUGCUGUUAUAAAGUGUCUUAGUGAACUCUCCUUACUGUUCCAGAGGGACCGUUACCAGAGGAAAGUAAAGAACUGACAAAUGUAUACUGAAUCUUGGAAGUGUAACAAGCCACUAAAUUGGCCUUACCUAACUAAGAACGUCGAACAAACCUUUGCUUGCAAUCAGAAGUGUUUAACUCUAUUUGUAGACUUUUUGAAUAAGAUGAGAAAUUGUGCACAACCAUCUCCUAAUAAAUGUAAAUGGAUUUUCAGUU